AACUAACUCAAACUACAAAUAAAAAACUAAAAGUUAAUAUAAAGGUGCUUUACUUCCACAGUUCCAUAUUACCUACUGUAGCCUAGCCUGGACAAUUGCCUCUGCAUGAAUUACUCAGUGUGGCCCUGCAUACACCACCUGCUAAUCUUCACUAAUUGCCUCUUCUACCUUACUGAUACUGGAAAUUUGGUACAUCUCUUCUACCUUACUGAUACUGGAAAUUUGGUACAUCAGACAGCGCUGCCCAUAUAGGAAACCUACUGUAGCCUGGAUGGUUGCCUUGCUUUUGCUGGAAUAACUCAGUGUGGCCCUGCAUACACCGCCUGCUAAUCUUCACUGGGUCCAAUAAUGUCACCACCUUCAAAUUCAAAAAAACACAAGUCAGGAUCACUUAAAAGAAAAGAGUGUUUUAAAAAGAAGAGAGAACAACAGCUUAUAUCAAAGCAUGCUACUCGGUUUUGGUCAGAAUUUAGAAUUAAAGCUACAUUAUCACAAUUUCCUGAAAAACCUCAUACAAGUACAAAUGAUGCAUUUUUGAAUACUGUUGAAGUGACUGCAAGCCCUACGUGCACAUCACAUGAUUUGGUUACAAGUUUGUCUGAGACAACGGAUAAUGCAAAUAUAUGUCAUUUAACAGAACAGAGUGAAAUUACAAAGUUACUGGAAACAAAUGAUACUGAGCUUGCACACACUGAUGUACAAAUUUGUCCAGAAACAGGUGAAAUAGAUAAUAUUGCUUUUUCUACAGCUGCUUCUAUAGCAAGUAUUUCCAAUAGUGAAAAAGAUAAAAUUGUGGCUUCUACUGAUCCUGCUUUGUGGCCAAAGCAAAAUAAAAAUUUGCUUCAGGAUUAUUGGUGUUGUCAUGGUCCACAAAUGUGUAGAAAUUUUACUGGAAAGUACAAUGUUUCAGAAAGACGUUAUUCUGGUGGUGUGAAACGGUCUUUCAAUAAUGAAAUGGUAGAGCGUAUAAUGCCAAAUGGAGAAACUGUGGUAAGAAGCUUCAUUAUCUAUUCACCUUCUGAGGGAAACAUAUUUUGUUUUCACUGUCGACUUUUUUCAACAAAAACGACAGCAUUUUCUUAUUAUGGCUUUAGUGACUGGAAGCAUGCAUCUGACUGCCUCAUACACCAUGAAAAUAGUGCAGAACAUCAGCGGUGUGUAAAAGCCUAUAUUAAAAGGUGCCAUGUACAAGGUAGAAUAGAUUCUGAAGUACAAAAGACACUUGAAAUCCGAGAGAGGUAUUGGAAAGAUGUCUUAAGACGUGUUGUUGCCACAGUGAAAUUUCUCUCCCAGUAUGGUUUACCCUUUCGUGGCACAGUAGAGAGAUUUGGCUCUCCAAAUAAUGGUGUGUACCUUGGAUCUCUUGAAUACUUGGCUCAGUUUGAUCCAUUCAUAGCUGCACACAUAGAAAAGUAUGGUAACAAAGGGCGAGGUAAGCCUUCUUACCUGUCUUUGGGUAUCUGUGAAGAGAUGAUUACCAUGAUGGGUCGCAAAGUCCAGAACCAAAUUGUUAAAGAAAUAAUAUCUGGAAAAUAUUAUUCUUUAUGUGUGGACUCCACUCCAGACGUAAAUCAUGUAGAUCAGCUGACAUUUACAGUUCGCUUUGUCAACAAGUGUACUGGUCAACCAGUAGAGAGAUUUCUGCAAUUUGUACCAAUUCAUUCACACACUGGAGAGUCUUUGGCAAAUACCAUAUUAAAGACUCUUGAAGAACAUAAAAUACCGAUUAAAGAUUGUCGUGGUCAAGCAUAUGACAAUGCAAGUAACAUGUCCGGAAAGUAUAAAGGAGUAAAGACUCAUAUUCAGAAAGUGAACCCACUAGCUGAAUAUGUGCCUUGCAGUGCACACUCCCUUAACUUGGUUGGCCAGCGAGCUGUAAGUGUCUGCCCCACCGCAGCUGAUUUUUUUUCACUUGUGCAGCUAUUGUAUGAUUUUUUCUCAGGCUCUACACACCGCUGGGAAUUGCUACUUAGUCACUUAAAGCCAAAUGAGAAAGGUAGAGUUUUGACCCUAAAAGGGCUUGGAGACACACGAUGGUCAUCUCAUGCAAAUGCUGUUAAAGCUUUAUUUCAAAACUACUGCAACAUACUGCAGUGUUUAAAAAAAAUUGAAAGUAAUGAAGAAGAAUAUGUAGACACACGUAAGCUUGCAAAACCAUUAAUUAAAAAACUGGAAAAAUUGGAAAAUGUCAUAAUGUGUGUACUUUGGAACCGAAUUCUGGAGCAAUUUAACUUAACUAGUGUUUACUUACAGUCUAGUUCCAUGAACCUUGGAACAGCUACCAACAUGCUAAGGUCCCUGGAAACAUAUGUUGCAAGUCUCAGAGAUGAAUUUGAGAAGAUCUGUACUGAUGCUUCAGUUCUUAUGCCUAACAGCACUUUUGAGGCCACCAGGCUUCGUAAACGUAAAGCCUUUUUUGAUGAAAAGGAAAAAGAAAAUACUGUUCUUCAAGGCUGUAAAAAGUUCAAAGUGGAAUCAUUCAAUGUCAUAAUUGACACACUUGUCACCUGUCUUCAGGAAAGAAUAAAAGCAUACACCACACUGGAUAAUAGAUUUGGAUUCCUAGAUGAUCUUACUUUAAGAAAACUAGAUUUGUUAAGAACAAAUGCAUCCAAUCUUCAAAUGGCAUAUCCAAAUGAUUUGGAGUUCACAUUUCCAGAUGAAGUUGUUGCAUUUCAGAGCUUACUGCAGUCCUAUAAUUCCACAAAUGUUGUUCAGAAUAGCAUUUACUGCAGUCAAUUUUUGAGAGAGAAAAACAUUAUUUGUGUCUACCCAAAUGUGGAGAUUGCCCUCCGCAUAUACUUAACAUUGCAUGUUUCUGUAGCUGGGGGAGAGCGUUCUUUCUCUAAACUUAAAUUUAUAAAGUCAGAAUUACGCUCCCAAAUGCAAGAACAGCGGCUUAACGCUUUAACACUUAUGGCAAUAGAAAAUGAUAUUGUACAGAGUUUGGAUUUCAGUGAUAUUGUACAAUCCUUUUCAAUCCAAAAGUCCAGGAAAAAGUUUUAGAUUUGCAGUCUUUAUUCAGAACAUAAGCAAACAUUAAUCUAAGCAGUAUUAGAUCAUCUAUAUUCAUAUUCUUCAUUACAUCAUCAGAACGACUGCAACAUGCCAAGUGUGUACAAAAAAUAGUGCUUUUGCAUGCUUACAGUACAUCCAUAUUCUUCUUCAUUACUUAUCUGUUUGUAAAAAUGUAAAAAAUGGAAACACUGUUCUGGUAUUAAUGUUGCCAUUGCCGGGCUCAAUUAAUGUCACCACCUCCAAAUUCAAAAAAAUACAAGUCAGGAUCACUGACACUAAAACAUGAGAGCAGCAACUUAUAUCAAAGCAUGCUACUCCAUUUUGAUCAAGAAGUAAAGCUUCUGAAAAACCUCAUACAUGCACAAAGGAUAUUGUAUAUCCUACAUGCAUGUUCUUCUUUACUUCUUCACACCUUCUAAAAAAUUGAAACACUUGUGUUAGUUACUUAAAGCUUGACUGGAACUACUGGAACAUGCAAGUGCUUUUGCAUAUGGUUGCAUUCAUAGUCUUCAUUCUUCUUCAAAACUUGUAAAACAAAAACCGGGUUCUGGGGUUUCUUUCUUGAAGCUUGAUCAUAACUGCUGCAACAUACCCAGUGUGUACAAAAAAUAGUGUUUUAGCAUAUGGUUGCAUCCAUGUUCUUCAUUCUUUAAAAUUUGUAAAACAGAAACCGUGUUUGGUGUUAAUGUUUGUUUCUUUGAGCUUGAUCAGAACUACUGCAACAUACCCAGUCUGUACAAAUAAGUGUUUUUGCAUAUGGUUGCAUCCAUAGUUUUCAUUCUUCUUCAAAACUUGUAAAACAAAAACCGGGUUUUGGUGUUAGUAUCUUUCUUGAAGCUUGAUCAGAAAUCCUGCAACAUACCCAGUGUGUACAAAUAGUGUUUUUACACAUGGUUCCAUCUAUAUUCUUCAUUAUUCUUCUUGAAAACUUGUAAAAAAAAUUCUGGUGUAAAUGUUCCUUUAAGCUUGAUCAGAACUACUGCAACAUACCCAGUGUGUACAAAAAAUAUUGUUUUUGCAUAUGGUUGCAUCCAUAUUCUUCUUUCUUCUUCAGCCCUUCUAAAAAAUUGAAACACUUGUGUUAAUGUUACUUUAAACUUGACCAGAAUUACUGCAACAUACCCAGUGUGUACAAAUAAGAGUUUUUUGCAUAUGGUUGCAUCCAUAUUCAUUAUUCUUUAAAAUGUGUAAAACAGAAACCGGGUUCUGGGGUUUCUUUCUUUAAGCUUGAUCAGAACUACUGCAACAUACCCAGUGUGUACAAAAAGUGUUUUUGAAUAUGGUUGCAUCUGUUCUUCAUUCUUUAAAAUUUGUAAAACAGAAACAGUGUUUGGUGUUAAUGUUUGUUUCUUUGAGCUUGAUCAGAACUACUGCAACAUACUGUACAAAUAAGUGUUUUUGCAUAUGGUUGCAUCCAUAGUCUUCAUUCUUCUUUAAAACUUGUAAAACAGAAACCGGGUUCUAGUGUUAGUUUCUUUCUUGAGGCUUGAUCAGAACUACUGCAACAUACCCAGUGUGUGCAAAAAUAUUGAAGUUCUUAAUCUAGAAUCAAUAAAACAAUCUAAAUGCAAUAUGUUUGCUUUUGUUUUCCUUUUAUCUAGUGUGAGUAUAACUGUGUCCUAUGGUAAUGGUGGGAGGACAUUUUUUUCAGGAUGAGGGGGGCCCACCAAACAAUCUCUGCCCAGGGCCCACCAAGGCCUUAAAUCGGCCCUGCUCCAGCUAAGACCCAUCAGUUCUUGGAGGCUCCAGCAAGACUCCAACAAGACUAAAAGACCCAGCUGUACCAUCACAUAAAAUCGAGUCUUGGGUGGUGGGGAUGCCUAAAGUAAAAGAGAUUGAGAUUAACAAAAUGGGGCCCGAAACAUGAUGGUAAUUUGGGGCCACUGGUUUUGCUGAACUCCCAGCACUUUCAUAGCUUUAAGCUGUUGGUGG